CCCGACCGUUACAUUUGAACGCGUCAAUCCGACCGUUAGACCGAUAAAGAAACGCAGGAAAAGCCCCCUCCCUUGUACUCUGCUCCUACUGUCCGCCUGUCCGGUGUCCCCAUACUCUCAUGACUUCACGAGUACUACUCCUACCUCGCAAUUCCAUCAGAAUCUCAUGACCCGAGUCUCUCGCCAUCACCAAUGGUCGAUCCCCUCCUCAGCUUCCUGUCACUCCUGUUGCUAACGGCGGCUUUAGCCGAAGCCACAGCCGUGGCGGCGGCAGCAGCGAAGAACGUCACCAUGGAGUCGGCCACGCUGUCCUUCUCGGACCUGACGCUGCUCGGGGACUCCUUCCUGCGGAACGGCUCCGUGGGGCUCACGCGCGACACGGGCGUGCCGUCCUCCAGCGCCGGGAGCGUGCUCUGCACGCGCGCCUUCGCGUUCCGGGGGCCAGCGGGCGCCAACGGCACCGCCUCCUUCGCCGCCAGGUUCUCCUUCGUCAUCGCCAACCAGAACGCCGGCUCCACCGGCGGCGACGGCCUCGCCUUCUUCAUCUCCUCCGACAGCGCCACGCUCGGCGCCACCGGCGGCUACCUCGGCCUCUUCAACUCUACUGCCGCCGCCGUCCCGGGUAAGGACGCGCGCGCCAUCGUCGCCGUGGAGUUCGACACCAUGGUCAACGCGGAAUUUAGCGACCCGAGCGACAACCACGUCGGCCUGGACCUCGGUUCGCCGGUGUCCGUCGACGCCGUCGACCUCGCCGCCUCCGGGAUCGUCCUCAACAGCGGCAACCUCACCACGGCCUGGAUCGAUUACCGGAGCAACGACCACCUGCUCGAGGUAUCGCUCAGCUACUCGGGUGUCAAGCCGAAGCGGCCCGUGCUCUCCUUGGCCGUCGACCUCUCGGCGUACCUGAAGGAGGCCAUGUACGUUGGCUUCUCAGCCUCCACGGAGGGGAGCACCCAGCAGCACACCAUCAAGGAAUGGUCCUUUCGGACGUUCGGCUUGCCGUCAGCGACCAACGCCACUAGCAACGUCUCGGAGCAAGCGGUGCCCGGCGUGAACGUGACCGAGAGUGGCGGCGGCGGCGCCCACAAGAAAAGGCUGGGGCUCGCCAUCAGCGUCCUGGGCCCCGUCGCGCUCGCCGCCGCUUUCCUCUUCUUCGCCUGGGUGUCCGUCAAGAAACUGCUAUUGCUGACGUCGAGGAAGGAACCCAUCUUCCCGCCGGAGCUGCUCAAGGGCCCAAGGAAGUUCAGCCACAAGGAGCUCAGCAUGGCCACCAGAGGGUUCCAUGCGAGCAGAGUCAUCGGCAGAGGCGCGUUCGGCACGGUGUACAAGGCCGCCAUGCCGGGCGCCGCCACCACGUACGCCGUGAAGCGGUCGACGCAGGCGCACCAGAGCCGGAGCGAGUUCGUGGCGGAGCUCUCCGUCAUCGCCUGCCUCCGCCACAAGAACCUGGUCCAGCUGGAGGGGUGGUGCGACGAGAAGGGGGAGCUGCUGCUGGUGUACGAGUACAUGCCCAACGGCAGCCUGGACAAGGCGCUGUACGGCGACCCCUGCACGCUCUCCUGGCCCGAGCGGCACACCGUCGCCGCCGGGAUCGCGUCCGUGCUGGCCUACCUCCACCAGGAGUGCGAGCAGCGCGUGAUCCACAGGGACAUCAAGACCGGCAACAUCCUGCUGGACGGCAACUUGAGCCCCCGGCUUGGGGAUUUCGGGCUCGCCCGGCUCAUGGACCACAACAAGAGCCCCGUCUCCACGCUCACCGCGGGCACCAUGGGGUACCUCGCGCCGGAGUACUUGCAGUCCGGCAAGGCCACCGACCAGACCGACGUGUUCAGCUACGGCGUGGUGGUGCUGGAGGUGUGCUGCGGGAGGCGGCCGAUCGACAAGGAGGAGGCCAACGGCGGCGGCGCAAGCAAGAACGUGAACCUGGUGGACUGGGUGUGGCGCCUGCACGGCGAGGACCGGCUCAUCGAGGCCGCCGACCCACGGCUCAACGGUGAGUUCGACAGGGAGGGGAUGCUGCGGCUGCUGCUCGUCGGGCUGAGCUGCGCCAACCCCAACUGCGAGGAGCGGCCGGCGAUGCGGCGGGUGGUGCAGAUACUGAACUGCGAGGCGGAUCCGGUGCCCGUGCCGCGGAAGAAGCCGCUCCUCGUCUUCAGCUCCAGCGCGUCCAUGAAGCUACAGGAGAUGGCCUUCUCCUGCGGCGACGACGUCAGGGGAGGCUAUCAGGUCAGCAAGCCGGCAUCGCCGAGAUCGGAGGGAGCCGACAUAGAACGCUGAUCCAAGAAAAACAAUGUACUGUUGUUGAGUAUACUGUAUGAAUUAUACUGCUUACAGUGUGAUUCUUCUUGUACACAUUGCUGUUGUGGUGUUGCUCAUAAGGGGAAUAUAGGUAAUAAUCCCCAAUUAUGUAUGGUUGUUGAAAUGCUAGUACGUCUACUGUGUUUAUCUCAUGCCCAGAUGAUCUUGUAUGGUUUUAUCCCCCGCGGAAUAAGAACCAAAUGUCACCUCAAAUUUUCA